CUGUUGGGGCUAGAUGCACUUCUGAAGCAGGAGGUCAUUUUGUCCCUGCUAAAAGCAAUUUAGUUAUUCCAUACCACCAUCCGAAUUCUAUCUACACCAUUUUGCCUUUGUUCGAUGCCAUCUUAAACUAAUCUUCUCUUUACCACUGCUAUGUGAUUUUCACGACAACAUGUCCAAUUCAGAAUCCAGUAAGUUAAAAUGGAUUAACUAUGAGAACAAAGGCGCAUCUAGCAUAACCGAUCAAAAUCCAUGGCCGCUGUCGCCCAAAACCACGCCUACAUAACAGACCCAAAUUAAUCUGUGUAGCUUUCAUCAUCACUAGCCUUCGUCAGUCGGUCUACCACAGCUUUCCUAUGACUUUGUUUAACCUUCUACCAGCAAGCAAACCCGAUACUACUGUGCGCAAAACCGCGGAGACAUGCCAGGAGCACUUCAAAGUUCAAACUGCAGAAAAUUUGUGGCUCCGGAGUACUCCUGCAAUCCAACCAUAUGGACCACAAGCCGUCAGCCAAUUCCAUCAGGACAUAAACAACCGAGGUCUCACUCUCACUGGCAGAAAGUAUAGUUGGAUACAGUGGAGGGUUGAGCCGUUCGCGCCACCAACCACCAUUUUCCUUGUCUACUCUUUCUUCCCUUGUCUGCAACCAUCCAAGUCACCCGCUGUUUUGUCCUCCGGCAGAGUCGAGGCUUUUGUCACAAAGUGGCCUCUUUUUGAUUUGCUAUUUUUCCUUCGUGUGGCAGCCACCCGCACACCUAUAUAAAGGCCAAGCUAGGCAGCUAGCCACUCCAAACCACUCCAAGCCUCCCCAAGUCGAUCCUUGCCUUCUCUUCUGCGAGCUCCCCUGCACUUCAGAGCUCCCUGAGAGGCCAGAACCAUUCUUGACCUGCUUAAUCAGAACUUCUGUUCUUGACAUGGCUGUGCGAUCCUGGAACCCUUUCUCCUGCUGCGUCCGCGGCGGCGCAGUAGCAGACGAAUAUGAUGAUGACUCUGCAUCAGCACGCCGAAUAGGGCGAAGGGGGAAGGGCAGCCCGAGGUCAUCCUCGAGGAUGUCAUUCAGGAGCCUCAGCUCAUCGGGGACACUGUCGCCAGAGGACCUAUCCCUGACGAUGUCUGGCUCCAACCUGCACGCCUUCACCUACGCCGAGCUCCGCGUCGCGACGGGCAACUUCUCGCGCGCCAACUACCUCGGCAGCGGUGGGUUCGGCCCCGUCUACAAGGGCGUCGUCGACGACAAGCUCCGCCCCGGGCUGGCUGCGCAAGCGGUCGCCGUCAAGUACCUUGACCUGGAGUGCGGCACCCAGGGCCACAAGGAGUGGCUGGCCGAGGUCUUCUUUCUCGGGCAACUGAGGCAUAAGAACCUGGUGAAACUGAUCGGGUACUGCUACGAGGACAAGCACCGGAUGCUGGUCUACGAGUUCAUGAGCGCCGGCAGCCUGGAGAACCACCUCUUCAAAAGUAUUAAUGGCUCUCUCCCGUGGAUGACGAGGAUGAAGAUCGCUGUCGGUGCAGCCAAGGGCCUUGCCUUUCUCCAUGACGCCGACCCCCCGGUGAUAUACCGCGACUUCAAGGCCUCCAACAUCUUGCUCGACUCGGAUUACAACACCAAGUUGUCCGACUUUGGGCUUGCCAAGGAUGGGCCUGAGGGCGACGAGACACACGUGACAACACGUGUCAUGGGGACGCACGGUUAUGCAGCACCAGAGUACAUCAUGACAGGCCACUUGACAGCCAAGAGCGAUGUAUAUAGCUUUGGCGUAGUCCUCCUAGAGCUCCUCUCUGGUCUGCGAUCAGUGGACCGCGCACGGCGGCCGAGGGAGCAGAACCUGGUGGACUGGGCUAGGCCGUACCUGAAGCGCUCCGACAGGUUGUACAAGGUCAUGGACCCAGCUUUGGAGUGCCAAUACUCCUGCAAAGGUGCCGAGGUGGCAGCAUUGGUGGCCUACAAGUGUCUCAGCCAGAACCCAAAAUCAAGGCCCACUAUGCGGGAGGUGGUCAAAGCACUCGAGCCCGUGAUUAGCAUGGAUGACUUCUUUCCUGUGGGCCCUUUUGUAUUCACAGUUAUUGUGGAGGAGGACAAGGUGGUGGACAUGAAGGUGGAGGUCAAGAAGCACCAACACCAUCGCCAGAACCAUGAAGACAGGCACCGGCAGAAGUAUCCUGACUCCGCGAUACAUACCGGCAUUGUGCUCCAUGGCCGCGACGGGCUAAUUACAGGGUACACCGGUGCCCAGCGGCGGCAACAAAGGUCGUUGAGCUACCGCCGGGAGAGGGGGGCAUAGGACUAGGGUAGGGAAAGUGAGUAGGACAAAAUGGUGUGUAUGUCCAUACUAUAAAGAUGUGAUUCAAUGUCACAUCGGUUUGUUUCAGAUUAGAGGGUGUCUUUCUUUCUUCUUGAUAGUGACAAUGGGUGUUAGAUAAUAUAGGGAUGCAAAAUAGUGUGACAAAAGUCCAGUAUUGAUUUUGGCUAGGAUUGUUGUUCAUAGCUGUUGUGUACAAAUGAAUGAUCUAGUUAAAAAAGGAUAUCCAUUUCUUCUUUCA